CGAAGAUGACGGUUUCAUUAGAAGCGCAUGAUUCUUAUUUUUUUACUACAAAAUCAACGUUGCUUUGUUUGUAGUGAAUAAUUUAGAGGGUAAUCCCAGCUCAUCCUUGAUCUGUCUUAAUCUUAUUCCUGUUUGGUGUAAGACGCGGAUAUGGCCACACAAGGGCGCAGGGUACAAACUUGAAUAACGGCGCGGUCAGAUUCCCCGUCAUUGUUAACAGAAACUAGGCCACCACCACACUUGCCAGCAGCACCACUAAGAAAAAGCAAUUACCUAAUCCCAACCGUUGAAGCCCUUUCGUCGUUAUCACAAUUUCGUCGUCUCCGUACUACACGCGCGCACCAACUUACUACGCUCACUCACGCCACACCUCCUUCAUUCCCUCACUCUCUCUCUUACAUUACCAAACUAAACCCCAAAAAAACGCACAACGCAACGCAACAUCGCGCACACCAACACCUGAAUAGGUAUCACCUCGCGAGAGGACGCAACAUUAGUUGUAGUACUUAAAGGGACUCACAGUGCACAUCAAUGCUUGCUCAGGUCGGUGUCAGGACACGCGCUCCAGCCGCAUUAGCCAUGGAACCUGACACUUCAGCUCGACCAACUCCCAAGAGAAAGACCAUCACCCACACCAACCAAGACCCACCUAAAUCCUCCAAGUCUCCCAAAACCACUUUACGCUGCCUCAGCCCUACCUCAGCUGAAAUUCCUGCCUCUUGCUGCUCCAACAAUGGAUCCACCAGCCUUGAUGAGGACAUGAUCAAACUCUUAGAUCUGGAGGUGGAGAGCGCGCGAGUUGAAACGUCGACGUUCAAUGGUGCUGCACAUAUUGAAGGGAAAGAGAUGAAUCGUUCCAGCAAACUUCUCGAAAAUUCGGAGGAGACAGAGUCAGUGGAGAUGAUUUCUUGUCGUGCCUCGUCAAGGGCUCGAACCAUGCCAACCGAGUCGGAGCUGGAAGAAUUUUUCGUUACGGCCGAGAAAGACAUUCAGAAACGAUUUCAAGAUAAGUACAAUUAUGACGUUGUUAAGGAUAUGCCGCUGGAAGGACGUUAUGAGUGGGUUGAGUUGAAACCAUGAAGGUGUGGUCGCCACCUAA